AUGUUCAGCUGUAAGCAGCUUGGUGGUUAUCCGACUCUCCUACAGUGCUGGAUUCAUGAGUAUUUUCCAACACUUGGAAAAAAAGGAGAGAACUGGAUACCAGCUAAUAAUGUGGGUCUCCCUCGAGCGAUGAGAUGGUCCUAUAGGCAAGGUGCCUUGAAGGUGGAUGAGUUGCGACCUAUUCUGGACGAGCUAACACCUGCUGAUGUCAUAUGGCGCACAUUCGAGAUUCAUAGAGUAUGGCGUCAGUUUGAUGAGAUGUGUCUAUAUAAGGGGUGUCUGAGGUGGGGUGACACUAUUGUUCCAUACUUGCCUGACAGAUGUAUGCGUCAGUUUAGAUACAGGCAGUAUGUUCCACAUCCACCUCUUGAUCAUACAAUGGCUGGUGAUAUUGAUGUUGACUGGAUUAGUUAUCAUCAUAGCAUUCAGAAUGUGAUUCGUCCGACAGCACCGGCCACCACCUCAUAUGAGACAAAUGAUGGAUAUCUUUAG